AUGACCUCGGAAGAUGUCUGCACUUCAAAAUCUUCUAAAGAACUUGCACGCGUUCUUGACCGACUCUGCGGUCUUCAGCUCUUUUCCAGUGAGUCUUUUAUUAAUCGGACUGGAGAAGAUGAUGGAAGUGAAUCUUUCAUGCCCGUGCGGAUCUGGACUGAAUGAACCGCUGAUCGUGUGCAUCUUCAUCGGACCUUUUAUUUUCAUGUUCGCAUUAAUGUUCGUCCUGUUUAGCCCCUUUAGACACGUCUGCUAUCAGUGUUCUGCAAAUAAAGGUUUCUGGGGUCGCUUAGCAUCUUGUUUAAAAUCCCUUGUUAAUUUAUGCAUAUGCUGUCAGUGUUCUGCAAAAGACAAAAGGGAUGAUUGGCAAAGUUGUUUUAGAGCUUUGGGACGUUGUGCGAUUCCUCCUGUUAUGUGGAUCAUCAUCUUGUUGCUUGAUGGGGAUUAUCUGGCUUGUUGCUGGACAACAUGGGAGGGAAAGUAUGUUUUUGAUAUAGAGAUAGACAGAAAGUGGUGUGAACCCGUUGAACAGGCCUAUGCAGGAAAUGUGAGUGAUCUACAACAGGAAUAUCGAGCAUUUAUCAGUGAAUCUCAGGUGUAUGGUUAUAUAGUGCUAGCUGUCUUUGGUCUUGUGAUCAUUGUCACAGUUGGUCUCUUUCAGUGCUGUAAAAGAACACCUCCAGAGGAUCAUGUUGGAGCACAGGGUGGGACACAAGACAGGGCAGAGAAUUUGACAGAGGGUACGGCACAUGAUGCACAGGAUAGGGCACAGGGUGACGCACAGGGAAGUGCAGAGAAUCGGCCAAAAACUGAGCUGAAACCACUUCUCUCCUCCGCUGCUAAAGAAGCAGAGUCAUCUGCAUAAACUAACCUAAGACAGAUAAAGUACCUGUUUUAUGUUCUGUAGUUAAGUGAGAUUCUUUAUGAAAUGUAAAGUCAAAUACAAAUCUGCACGUUUUUCUCCACUAUAAAACUAUAAAACAAAAUGUCUUCAAUUUCUUU